CAGACGGUCGUCGUCGUACGCACUACUACGCUAUACAGUUUUGCCAUCUCUUCCCCUUAGGUCCGACGCAGUCUACACCACGCCGUUCGUCUAAUGCCUUGAGCAACAGCAGGAUUCAGGAUGAUAUGAGAGUGAAGAGAGCCUCCUAUUUAUAUUCUAUAUAUGUGCUGUAGGAAGGUAGAGAACAUAUAUUCAUUGGCAUUUCAUCCUUUGUUGAAUUCAACCAGCCAUGGAAGGUCUGGAAAAUUAAAAUCAACGAACAAGAGCAUGCCUAGAUGCUAGCGGAAUGAUUCACACUUUGCAACCAACUCGGGACCUUGAGUCUAAUUGGUCAGUCGAUAUUGUAACAAGCCUAGAAGCUUAUUUACUAGAGAUUUGUUCUGGCGAAGUUUCUGGUCGGGAUGGUGCCCACCAAAAUCUUGUGAACUUCUCUAAAGCUGCAUUGCUGCUUCAAGAUUCUGCACAGGUGUAUAGUAGGAAGGUAGAGUACCUGUAUUCAUUGGUAUUACUUGCUUUGGAGUCCAUUUCUCAGAAGAGUGAGAAACAAAGCACGGUGAAUGGAUCAGCCGGAACGGAAGCAAGUAGUUCAAAUGAUGCUCCUGAUGACCCUUUUUGGGGAUUAGAUGACAUUCCAGAGCAACCUAAGAACUUGCUAGACAACACAACCUCCAAAGACGCAUUACUGAAUCGCGUUGUUAAGGCCCCUGCAAACCUAGUUGUGCUUGAGGGUGACUGCUUUGAUGCAAUUGGAGAUGCUGGAGAACUCGAGUGCUAUUUGCUUGCCACCUGUGAUGUGUACAGGGAUUUUAUUUUAUUGGAUACAUGCGAUGCAACAGCCAUUGAUAAUUUUUUUACUAAUGAAAACAAAACCGGGAAAGGAUUGAACAGCAGCUGCAAAGGCCGCAAAAGUGUGCAACAUUUUACAGGACAGUCUGGAGGAGUUGGCAAGCCUUCUUCAACACGAAAGAACCAAGAACCUGUUAUAAACUUGUCUCCAAGAAUUAAUAAUGAUUUCGGAACAAAUGACCAUAUGCCUGAAAAUCAUGAAGGGUUGUAUGGGGCGGAAGAUGUGUUUUCAGAGCCAACGGAUUUCAGUGACUCAGAUGAAGAUGAUGAUUUAAAUCCAUGGAAACCCUUAAAUCCCCAUGAGCCUGGAAAUUUUAAAGAUAAGCCAUACAGGAGAGUGAAAGCUAAAAGAAGUCAAGGUACGGGUUCCAGAAAACAUAUGCAUGUGACCACUCAGUUUCCUCUUGCAAGACCACAUGGAAACAUUAGUUUGCACCUUAAUGAUAUAUGGGAGAAGUGUUUUGCCACAAAGAAGAUGGAUGAAUCCCAGUCUCCGCUACCGUAUGAAAAGUUGCGAGAGUCUCUCUUUCAUGGGGAAAACAUGGAUGGUGAUGUCUUUCACAGUACUGAAAACAACGCGGAUGAUGACUUUGACAACACAAAUUACCAUUUUGGAUCACCUGACUUUCACACACCUGAGACUGCUGAACCGAAUGAAGAUGAAAAUGUGAACACUGAUAAGGUUACGCAGCAUGGAAGUGAUGGUGUUCCUUUUGACCACGAAGGUCUUGAAGAUCCUAAUACUCAUCGAACUCUGGAAGAUCUUUGCCGUUCCCAUUUGGAUUCUCUACUUGCAAACCUUGCUGAAACAGAACGCCAGACUGAAAUGGCUGCUAGGGUUUCAACAUGGAAGCAGAGGAUUGAGCAGAACUUAAAUGAACAAGAAUUACACACGCCUUUUGAUAUUCAUGAGUAUGGUGAUAAGGUUUUGAGCAAGCUGUCUUUGAAAGAAAACAGUGGAAAUGGUGUUUCAUUUUCUGAUAUUGUCAGCGGAGAAGAAAAGCAUAAUGUUGCCCGGACAUUCUCUGCACUUCUGCAACUAGUCAAUAAUGGGGAUGUAGACUUGCAAAGAGAUGGAGCAGAAGGAGAGUCAAGUGUGUACACUGGUGCAAACCCAUUUUACGUCCGACUCCUUCGGGGGGGAGUGAAAAUGAGGGAUAAAGUCAAACUUCACAUAUCACCAAAGAACAAAGCAAAAUCUCCCAUAUUGAAAGGGCAUCCCAGAGGUGAGAAGAACAAGAGGGGUGGAAAAGAGAACCGUCCUGGUAGUUCAUCUCCUCCUCCUCCCGGUUCCAACAACUCAAACCGUAGGUUCACUUUGCAGGUGGGCAGAAGGACAAGUAGAUGCACUCCUGUUGGUAAGAAGAGAAGAAAGUCCCAAUUGUUGGAGCAGCCAGUGGACUUGCAUACUGGAAUGUCAUGUGAAUGAACAUUACCAGGAACCAGGUGUGCUACCAAGACCUCUUCACGUUGUCUAUUUCACAUCCUGGAGUUUGUUCUGUUAUAUAUUUCAGGUGUAUUAAUAUUUAAGAAAUUUAGGUCACAAAUUUCCUCAGCUUGCCGAUGUGUAUUGAUCCCAUCUCCUUAACUUGCUAUUAGCUUAGUGAUUGUACCUAAUGAAAGAGCAGUGUAGCCAUUAGUCUAUGCUAAUUUAAUUUAUUUCAGAUUGAUUCCUUUCAGGCUCAUCUUGUAUUGUAAACUUAACUUCUAAUCUGGUUAGUUGAUUCGAGUUUGCUGGAUUUUAGUUCCUGAUUGCAACCGAUCUCUUUCAACUUGCAUUUCUCACGGG